AUGGAGGGCGACGGUCUUAGUCCGGUUGAAGAUCUGCAGCAUGACUUGGAUUGGGCUCAGAGAAUCCUGGACGAUCGCACGUUGGUGCCUGUGCAGCAGAAGAAGUCACAGGAGAAGCCUCACAGUGCGCUGCAUCUUAUUUGGGGUAUAAUACUGGUGCUCAUUGUGAUAUUUGUGCGGCGCCUCCCCCGCUUUCCAGGGGUUGUUCGGCCGGAUCGAGUGAACCUCGGCGACCCUUUGAUGUACUGGGAGGUGAAGAGCCUUAUAGGAGACAACCCAGAAGAAGGCAUGCAGCUGCGGCUUCGCAACAAUCCCCAGACAGUCAAGGGCUUUGUCGACUUUGCCCUGCUGUCAAGGGAGAGCCUGGAUCGCAGAGAAAAGAGCAGGCAGCGAAUUUACAAAUUUCAAAGAGAAAUCGUAGAUGCCUUCGACCCGAUUCUUCGCAUUACAGACCGCAUGGCCUCCACAGUCAGGCAGCUGCCCCCCAUAGCAGAGUCUCUGCCGGAGAACGCAGAAGAGUUGCGUGAUCAGCUGCGGCAUCUCUAUGAUGCAGAAGUUUCUGCCUCAGAUCAGAAGGAUGAAUUUAUUGACCGAUGGAGUGUCAACAGAAUGCGAAAAGAGCUGUACCCCGACCCCAGAGUGGCGAGUGCCUUGCGACGGCUGAUAGAAAUCGACUCCACACACAUGCACAAGAAGAUGAUGAUGCUUGAGUUCUUAAGCGGCGAGGCGAUGAAGGCUACAGAAGGAGCAACCAUCAGUCCUGGUGUCAGGAGAGAGCUCCUCGCCCUCGACGCGAGGUUCAAGGCAGCAGCAACCGAAGCAGAGCGCGAAACAGCGGCCUGCAUGGAGUUACUGCCGCCGCAAGACCAUUGGAUACUGCUACUAUUCGUUGACCGCCUUCCACAUACUACACUUCCGUCACCCUUAGCAGCUUCGCUGAAUUGA